AUGGUGGAUCCAUCCAUAAGUUAUGAAGAAAAGGAAGAACAUAUAAUAAAGGGAGAAAAAGAAAUUGUACAAGAAUUAAUAGAAAAUAAAGAUUACAUCUGCUCUUGGUGUUUUGAUGUAUUAAAAUAUGAAUUAAAAAAUGAGAAAUUUGAUUACAUUCCACCAUUGCUUCAAUCUUUACAUGAAAAAGGAUUCAGGAUUCCACUUUUCGUUAAAUGGAUGAAACUUAACGAUGUAAAAGAUUUGGGUUCCUAUGAUUAUAAUGCAUACGAAUUAAAUGGGUGUAUAGGCUGCUUAAAUAAAAUAGAUAUAUUGGAUAUGCGUCAUUAUGCCUUAGAAAGUUCUCUUAAUGAUAAAAGAUUUCAUCCUAUUACUUUAAAAAAUAUUCCAUACUUAAUGGUUACAAUAACAUAUUUAUUUAAUUUUGAAAAAUGUAAUCAUGUAUACGAUUGGACAAUUGGAAAACAUGGAGUUAGCAUAAACUUUGUUGUAAACAAAAGAAAAUACUCUUCUACAUUCUUACCUGAAGUAGCCCCACAACACAACUUUGACCAUAAAACAACGAUUAAAAAAUUAAUAAGAAAAGCUAACUACAAGGGAGAAAUUAAUGAUGACCUGUUGAAAAUUAUACAAGUUGAGCGCUACGAAGGUGUAAGCUGCAGUCUCACCUACACGGAUUAUCAAAAAAGUAAGAGGAUGUACUAG